GUCUAACCAUCCGUACUUGUGCUACGGUCAGAGGUAUUGCUUUGAAACCUGUUUGAUCUAAGACAGCCAAAAUGGAGUCGCAUCUGGAUCACUUGCACAAAACCUGGAAGCUCUUGGGAAAACUUGACCAGCAGGGGAACUGUGUGCUUCUGGAUGGAGAAUCGCUGAGCUUAGCACAGGUCAUAUCCGUGUCCAGAUUUUCGACAAAGACAUCAGUCCUUGAGUCUCCAGAUCUAUUCCAGCGCUUGGAAAGUAGUGUGAGAACACUUAUGGACCGCCUGGAAAGGGGUGAACAGGUAUAUGGGGUCAAUACUGGCUGCGGCGGCAACGCGGACACUCGAACAGAGCAACUGCGGGUCCUGCAGCAUUCGUUCCUGCAGCAUCAGCAAUGCGGGAUUCUUCCCAAUCUGGCAACCGCUGGAUCAAGCUUUGUGGAUGAGGAGAGCCACAAUCUUGCUCCUGAGGUUGUGCGGGGCGCUAUACUCCUACGCUGCAACUCUCUUCUCCGAGGGCAUUCGAGUGUCCGAAUCGAGGUAAUUAAACUCCUACUCCAUGCACUGAACAAGGGGAUCACGCCCGUUAUUCCUCUGCGUGGAAGCAUCUCUGCAUCCGGGGAUCUUUCCCCGCUGUCAUACAUUGGCGGCUUGAUCGAAGGCAACCCGGAUAUAUAUGUCCAAGUCAAGGAGAAUGACGUUCCACGGGUCAUAACCGCAGCGGAAGCUCUUCAGAGAGCGAACAUUGCUCCCCUAAUGUUGAAUGCUAAAGAGGGACUGAGUAUUGUCAAUGGCACUGCUGUUAGCGCCGCCGCCGCUUCGCUGGUGCUCUAUGAUAGCCAUAACCUGGCCCUUCUCGCCCAGGUGCUCACAGCCAUGGCAACAGAGGCCCUGCUGGGCACGGUUGAUAAUUACCACGAAUUUAUCUCGCAAUGCCGACCGCACCAAGGCCAGAUCGAGGUCGCAAGAAAUCUCUGCGCCUGCCUUCGCGGAACCCGUCUCUCUCAAAACACUGACGUCAAUAAACUGGGACUGGUCCAGGACCGAUACGCUCUGCGCACAGCACCCCAAUGGAUUGGGCCUCAGAUUGAAGAUCUGCUUUCUGCCGACAGACAAGUCGGAGUAGAACUCAACUCAUCCUCGGAUAAUCCACUUAUCGACGUGACAGGUGAUCGAUUUCAUCAUGGAGGCAACUUUCAAGCGGCAUCCGUGACAUCUGCCAUGGAGAAGGUCCGCAGUUCAUUGGUCAUGCUGGGGAGAAUACUACUUGCACAAUGCAACGAGUUGAUUAGUCCGUCUUUGAGUGCAGGUCUACCUCCGAACCUAUGUGCAGAUGACCCGAGUCUUUCUUUCACGGUCAAAGGCCUGGAUGUAAACAUGACAGCCUAUUACUCCGAGCUGGCCUUCCUUGCAAACUCCGUUGUCAGUCACGUCCAGACUGCUGAGAUGAGCAACCAGUCGGUCAAUUCUCUAGCGCUUAUCUCGGCCCGGUAUACAGGCCAAUCGGUGCAGAUUCUAUCCAUGAUGAGUGCUGUGCACCUGUACAUCCUUUGCCAAGCACUAGACCUUCGCGCCCUGAGCCUAGACUUUUUCGCCGUGGCCCAGAUAGAGGCAAAGAGGGUAUACGAUGAAAUAUUCAUUGUCGAGAACGGGUCAGAUAUUCCUAAAUUCGAAGAUGUAUGGUUGCAGAUCACAUCGUCCUGGUUGACCACCGCUCAGCUGGAUCUCAGCCCACGCUGUGAGCAGAUCGCUGCACAGUCAUUCGGUUACAUUCUCAACGCCAAAAGUAUAGGCCAGACAAGUCCUCCUCCGUCAUUCUGUAGCGCGGCCAAGCAGUGGAAGGAAAGGUUGUCUUGCUUUCUCUGCGAUAUUUACGAUCGUACCCGUGCCGAAUUCAUUGGAGCUCGCUCUACUCCGUCUUAUCUGGGGGUAACAACGAAAGCCAUGUACGAAUUUGUGCGACACGAGCUGGCAGUCCCCUUCCAUCGAGGGGUCAGAGAUCAUCCGACAUUGUCAAAUGACACCAGCGACAACAGCAGACCAAAGAAGACCAUCGGAUCUCAUGUAACCCGGAUCUACAUUGCGGUCAGAACCGGUGAUAUCAUGAAGCCCAUUAAGAGCAUGCUUCAGCCACACUAA